GCGCGGAAGGCCGGGAAAGCGGUGUUCGCCGCUCCUCCCCGCCCUCGCGCGCCUCGCAGGCCCGGGCGGAGGGCUGCGUCCUCCACCGCGCAACCUCGCGCACGCGUACCACGCUCGCCUCGCGACCCCCUCACAAAGGCUGUUCUCAGAGUCGGAAAUGGACGCACGGCGGUUGGGGCGAACGGCCGCGGACUACACUUCCCGAAGUGCCGCGAGAGGUAUUCUCGGCGGUGAUUGGGACAAACGGCCACGGACUACACUUCCCUACGUGCCGCGCGAGGCGCCUCUGCCGCCGGGGCAAACGGCCACGAACUACACUUCCCGAUAGGCUGCGCGAGGCGCUGCCGGCGGCCGGCCGAAGGCGGGCGGACGCGGGAGCUGCGGACGUGAGGCAUGAGCGGCGCCCUCCCCAGGCCCGCGAGCGUCCUGCUGGCUCCCCGAGCGAGGGUCGCGCGGCGCGGGGCCUAGCGGAGGGCAUCGGAGGCCUCGGCGGGCGCACGGGCUGCCGCGGCCGCGCCGGGCGCCGGGGAGGGCGGCGGCCGCCAUGGAGGUGAGCGGGCCGGAAGACGACCCCUUCCUUUCGCAGCUGCACCAGGUGCAGUGCCCCGUGUGCCAGCAGAUGAUGCCCGCCGCGCACAUCAACUCGCACCUGGACCGCUGUCUGCUGCUCCACCCGGCGGGGCACGCGGAGCCCGCGGCCGGGUCGCACCGCGCCGGGGAACGGGCCAAGGGGCCCUCGCCGCCCGGCGCCAAGAGGCGGCGGCUGUCGGAGAGCUCGGCGCUGAAGCAGCCUGCCACCCCGACGGCAGCCGAGAGCAGCGAGGGCGAGGGCGAGGAGGGCGACGACGGCGGCGAGACCGAGAGCCGCGAGAGCUACGACGCGCCGCCCACGCCCAGCGGCGCCCGCCUUAUCCCCGACUUUCCGGUGGCCCGCUCCAGCAGCCCCGGGAGGAAGGGGUCGGGGAAGAGGCCGGCGGCCGCCGCCGCGGCGGGGAGCGCGUCUCCGCGCAGCUGGGACGAGGCGGAGGCGCAGGAGGAGGAGGAGGCCGUGGGCGACGGCGAUGGCGACGGGGACGCGGACGCGGACGGCGAGGACGACCCGGGGCACUGGGACGCGGACGCUGCCGAAGCCGCCAGCGCCUUCGGGGCCAGCGGCGGGGGCCGCCCGCACCCCCGGGCGCUGGCGGCCGAGGAGAUCCGACAGAUGCUCCAGGGCAAGCCGCUGGCCGACACGAUGCGUCCUGACACGCUGCAGGAUUACUUCGGGCAGAGCAAGGCCGUGGGCCAGGAUACCCUGCUGCGCUCGUUCCUGGAGACCAACGAAAUCCCCUCGCUUAUCCUGUGGGGGCCGCCGGGCUGCGGCAAGACCACUCUGGCUCACAUCAUAGCCAACAACAGCAAGAAACAUAGUAUAAGGUUUGUGACAUUAUCUGCAACAAAUGCCAAGACAAAUGAUGUGCGAGAUGUCAUAAAACAAGCUCAAAAUGAAAAGAGCUUUUUCAAAAGGAAAACCAUCCUUUUUAUUGAUGAGAUUCAUCGGUUCAAUAAAUCUCAGCAGGUCAACGCUGCUCUUCUGAGCCGCUGUCGAGUGAUUGUUCUUGAGAAGCUUCCAGUAGAAGCAAUGGUGACUAUUUUAAUGCGAGCGAUCAACUCCCUGGGAAUCCACGUCCUAGACUCUAGCCGUCCCACUGACCCUCUGAGCCACAGCAGCAACAGCAGCUCAGAGCCCGCCAUGUUCAUAGAGGAUAAAGCAGUAGACACCCUGGCUUACCUCAGUGACGGUGACGCCCGAGCUGGGUUGAACGGACUGCAGCUGGCAGUGCUGGCUAGGUUAAGCUCUAGGAAGAUGUUCUGUAAGAAGAGUGGGCAAUCCUAUUCUCCCAGUAGAGUUCUGAUCACAGAGAAUGACGUGAAGGAGGGCCUACAGCGAUCCCACAUUUUAUAUGACCGGGCAGGUGAGGAGCAUUACAACUGCAUCUCUGCCCUGCACAAGUCCAUGAGGGGCUCAGACCAGAACGCCUCCCUCUACUGGCUGGCUCGCAUGCUCGAGGGAGGAGAGGACCCGCUCUACGUGGCACGGAGGCUUGUCAGGUUUGCCAGUGAGGACAUAGGUCUGGCAGACCCGUCUGCGUUAACACAAGCAGUUGCUGCUUACCAAGGCUGUCAUUUUAUAGGCAUGCCCGAAUGUGAGGUGCUUCUGGCCCAGUGUGUGGUCUACUUUGCCAGAGCCCCAAAGUCCAUUGAGGUGUACAGCGCCUACAACAACGUCAAAGCCUGCCUGAGGAACCACCAGGGGCCACUGCCCCCUGUGCCCCUGCACCUGAGGAACGCGCCCACUAGGCUGAUGAAGGAUUUGGGCUAUGGCAAAGGCUACAAGUACAACCCCAUGUACAGCGAGCCUGUGGAUCAGGAGUACCUGCCUGAAGAGUUGAGGGGAGUAGAUUUCUUCAAGCAGAGGAGGUGCUGACUCCUCAGGCCAUGACAGCAGAAGGAUGUUGCUUUUUUUAAGGGAGGGCCAGAAAGAAAGUAACUGGAUUGCAAAGUUGGUUACCUGGUGGAAGUUAGAACAGACCAACAUUUUGUGCCAGAAAUUUAAGAGUUUCAUAGGUGGAGGCGCAGUUAUUUCAACUAAAUGUGUAACUUUGAAAUUGUGUUCAUUUGCACUCGGUGCAGCGGUUAUGCUUAUGAAAAUAUCUGGCAGCUUUGUGCAAUGAAUUAAUGUUAUAAGGAAUUAUCUAUUUUGUCAUAGUAUUUAAGUCAUAAUGUCAUUUCAGAAUUCAGUUCUGUAGGAUUUUUUUUCUUUAAAAAAUGUAUAUUCUGGGUAGUUUUAAUUGGUUAAAAAAAAUGUAAUUGUGAUUUAAUACUGCAUAGUGUUUUGGGUAUUUUUUUUAUAUGCAAAGGUCUUACAAGCCAAUAAAACUAUUUCAAAGUA